GGGGGAGGAAAGGAAAAAGAAAGGGUGAGAGACAGGGAACGAGAGAGGCAGAGAGAGCGAGCAGAAGGCUUUUUACCAGUGAGAAAAAGUUGAACCUCAUCAGUUUCUUCUUCCUCUGACUGUAUCUGCUCCGUAGUCAGGCAGUGAGGCAGAGGUGUGAGGCGCAGCGAGGGAGCUGGUCGCAGAGAUCAGGGAAGGGAAGCUGCCGGAUUUUUUUAUGGGCAGGCUGAACUGACAACAGGAUGAGGGGGUGAGAGAGGAGCCUAGCGCCGGGACACAGAGAGGGGAAGGGUGUCUUCAUCCUCGCUGCAUGCCUAUUCUAGCAGGGCUGGGAGAGGCAAAAGCUGACCUGACAGUGAAAAAGAAAUAGAGAAGGGGGGGGGACAUUUCCUUCUACGGUACCCACGCGGCCCAAGGGUCCAUAACGCUGGAGCGCAAGAACAAACCAUGGACUCUGCACAUCUCCCACUCCUCCUGGACACACACAAUGCUCCCUGCUAACCUUCUGGUCCUGAUGGUCCUGCUGCUACCUCAGGCCCUGUCGGGCCACCAGGAGGGUCCCGCCCCCUCAGAGAGCAGCCCGUCGCCCCUGCUACAGCCCGGCCUGGCCCAGUCCAUCCAGAACCUCCUGCUGACACGGCUGGGCCUGCGGUCCCGCCCGGCUCCCCGGCCCGGCACUCCUGUUCCUCAGUACCUGCUGGACCUGUAUCGCUUCCACACGCAGCAGUACCACCUGGUGCAGGACCCCCAGUUCUCUUUCCCUGAGCACCAUGUUCAGGGGGCCAACACUGUGCGAAGCUUUCACCACCAGGACAUGGACAGCCCCUCACUCCUCCCACUGAGUCAGGCAGGCGGGACGGACCGAGUCCUCAUCACCUUCAAUGUGUCCUCCAUCCCUCGGGAUGAGCGCGUGACGUCAGCAGAGCUCCGUGUCCUGCGUGGAGGGGCUGCUCAGGGGGUUCACAGGGUCGAGCUGUACCUUUCUGACAGUCACAGUGACGCGACACCGUUGCUGCUGGAGUCCCGGAUUAUCGAGCCAGGCAACGACAGCGUUGACUCCUGGGAGAGCUUCAGCCUGACCUCUGAACUCUUUGAGAGGCCCACCGGCAAGGCGGGUCAUCUGGGGUUCGUGCUGGAGGUGACCUCCCUGAACGUCACUCCCUCCGGCGGACAGCAGGGGGAGCGCCUGAGAACGCGUCGGUCCGCUGGGCAGAGGGAGCCCGGCUGGGCACGAGAGAGACCCCUGCUGGUGACGUACAGCCACGAUGGGCGCGGUCAGCCGCUGGUGGCACCCAAAGGCCGUCCAGAGAGGGGUUUCCUGAAGGAUGCGCUGAGGAAGCAGAGGAGGGGAAGCGAGGGAAGGGACGCGGGACGGAGGGGCCGCUCUGACAGGAGGGUGAAGCGCAAUGGAGGGCGUGCGGCUAAGCUGAAGAGGCUCUCCCGGGCCCGCUGCCGGCGCCACCCGCUCUAUGUGGACUUCAACGACGUGGGCUGGAACAAGUGGAUCGUGGCGCCCAGCGGCUACCACGCCUUCUUCUGCCUGGGCGAGUGCCGCUUCCCCCUGGCCGACCACAUGAACUCCUCCAGCCACGCCAUGGUGCAAACGCUGGUCAACUCUGUCAAUGGGGCGGUGCCCCGGGCCUGCUGCGUGCCCACCGCCCUCAGCCCCAUCGCUAUGCUCUACCUGGACCAGCACGACCGCGUGGUCCUCAAGAACUACCAGGACAUGGUGGUGGAGGGCUGCGGCUGCCGGUAGCAACGAGCGGGAGAGGAGUCAGGACGCUCUCUCUGUCCGUCAAAAUCACGAGCAUCUUUCCCACAAUGCCCCAGACGUGACCGUGCAUGACCCUUCCCCGCAUUCUGCAAAUUCUGAUAACAUGACCCACCCAGAAACAGGGUCGCUGUAGUCACUUUAGUGACCGUGCUACUUAAUGGUAACCUGUCUUGCUGUGCGUGUUCUCGUGUGCUCGUACUUCCUUGUGUCGUAUGCUUUGUUAACUACCAUCCCUUAUCGCAUUCUGCAGCCACACAUGGCUACUUCACCUUAAGGAAAUAAAUUUCAAAAGUUCAGCAAUGGACAGGACCCAACAAACUAUUCCAUUCUGAUGGGUUUCCCAGCGGGAUUUAUCAUACCAGCUUGAGCAUCGUCACGUAAUGCAUCUUUCACUGUGUUUCCCGCAUUUUCAGAUAAUGGCGAAAUUCUCCACAGAUGACUGGCGGGACUCUAAUGGGAGCUAAUCCGGCAGUUAAAGACUGUCUGCAGAAAGCUAUCAAUCACAAUGUAUUUAAAACAAUGUUAAUAAUAUUGAAGGAUAAUGAUAUAGUUUGAAUGUGUUAUUAUUUAAAGAGAUGUUUAUAUCAAUUUCUUUUCUGCUGAGACAAAGAAUAUUCAAAAAAGCUUUAAGAACACAAUGAAGUGAAUGUUCUUUGAAUAAAUAUUAUUUAAAUGUAAACAGGUAUGGAUUAUCAAACAAGGAGGAACACUUAAUAUUAACACUCAACAAGGCCCCAGCCACAAUGAUCUGAUCAGCUCUACCAGAGUUAGAACUUUGACUCGACUCCAUGACCACAUGGUACUGAUUGCACGUCACAACCUGACUGAUG